CCACAAUAACGAUGACGGAAGACUUUAUCUCCGAAACCUUCCUGAUCACGCCCCGUGAAAGCCCAAUUGGUCCCACGAGGAUCGAUUGCCGUUGGAGAUGCAACAGAGAUGGGCAACAUUUCGGCGCUCUGGAUCUGCGUCUGCACCUGCUUCCUGCAGCCCAAGAGGGCGCCUUUGAAGACGCUACUGAUACCCCUCUGGGCACGCUGUUUCGCGGCAUCUGGGGCAAAGCGCAGGGGCACGGGCUGGCAGAUACGACCGAGAUGGCGAUCACCGUGAUACUGGUCCCACGUGGCCGCCACGGCUUUGUGUGCAGGAGUGACAUCCUCCAUCUCAGGGUGGGGCAAUCGCAGUUUGUCGAGCGUGUCAUCGCCUUCGCAGGAUGGGACAAGCACCUUCCGGCUCUGCCCACCGGCACUGACGACACCAAGUGUCUUUUGGCGCUGCUGCCAUGCUCUCCCGGCGCACUGCUCCUAAGGCAGCCGCACGAUGAAGCGCUGCAGGACGAUCUCACGGCCCGCUUGUCAUUCAACUGGCUGCUGCCCAACAGGCCCGUUGCCCGCCGCGUGGCAGUAGUCUCCGGGCGCCCGUUCCCCGAUCGGAAGCGCCAGAUGUACAGCGCCCAGGGCUUCUUCGCCGCUGCCCAUGCCCUCGGUAUUUCGCUCGUGGUCGUGGACAAUGUAGGGCACUGGCUCGAGAACAGUGCUUAUCAGAGCCUUCGCGACGAGUUCGUUCCCAUGGACAUGGACAUCAAUCGCUUGGCCGAUCUGCCACAGCGGCUGGUCGCGGCUCUGAAAGACAAGCACCUCGACGGCAUCGUUACCUUCUGGGAUGCGUACGUCAUCCAGACAGCCGAAGCGGCAGAGCUCCUUGGACUGCCCACAGAAUCGUCCGUGGCGUUGCGGCAAGCGCACCUCAAGCACGAGAUGCGCGAGCUCGUCAGCCAGCCUAAUAUCCAGGCAGUCACUAUCGACAGCGUGGAGCGGCUAGAUGAUCCUUCCAUGGCCGAGACGCUCCGCAGCCUGCGGUAUCCCUUGGUCGUGAAGCCAUGUCGUGGCGGCACAUCCGAAAGCGUCAAAAAGGUGACGGACGAAAGCAGCAUGCGAGAAGCUGUACGCAUAGCAUUCAAAGACGGAUUCCCCAAUCCAGCCAUUGCUCUCGUCUUGCUCGAGACGUACGUCGAUGGCCCCGAGCUCGACGCCAACUUCAUGCUCUGGAACGGCGAGAUCCAAUUCCUCGAGGUGACGGAUAGCUUUCCGUGCGCCGCCGACGCGACCGAUGCCACCGUUGCUGACCCCUUCCGCGAGACGGUACAGAUCUCAAACAGUCUACUGCCUCCUGACGAAAUCGAAGUCAUCCGCUCUUCUCUGCACCGCAGCAUCCUGAAGCUGGGUUUCGGCUCCGGCGUCUUCCACCUUGAAGCCCGCAUGCGGAACCCGUCCAUGAAGUACCAAGAUACUCGCGGUGACGGGAUUCUAGACCUGGACUUGGGUCCUUGUGUCGCAGCCAACCGUCGUGGUAAAGCGGACGUGUUCCUCGUCGAAAUCAACGUCCGUCCGCCCGGCACGGGAGGCACAUGGGCGACCUUGUUCGCCUACGGCGUUGACCAAGGCGCACUGCACUUUCUUCGCGCCCUCGAUGAUGGUGAGCGUUUUGCGGCUCUGUCACAGCCUUAUGCGUUCCCCAGUGGCAGUGCCGGUGGUGGCGGCGGCGCUCAAUACUGGACUGCGCAAUGUCUGGUUCCCAUCCAUCGCGACAACAUUCGUGUGCCAGACGACUUGUGGGAGAGAGUCUAUCGGGCACUGCCUGACGUGGAACCCUAUGUGGUUAGGGCCGAGAUGUACGCAGAGCCGGGCACGAUUGUGUCUAUCAGGAGGAGUGUGGGGUGGAUUGGUUAUGUGUUGCUCUACUCGAGGACGAGUAGGAGACAUGUGCUGGAGAUGUAUCAUUGGCUCGCUGAGGCUUGCAUCAAGGUGUUGGAUGAAGAGCUAUAG